AUGGGACAUGCACAACUCAGCCUUCAACCACUUGUCUCUGCUGCUAGACUCAGGCAGAUUCUGCAGAACUUCAAUGGCGAGACGGUGUUAAGGAAGGUUGUCCCAGAUAGUGACAACUGUUUGGUCAGAGAAAGCUCCAUCACUUGUGUCAAUGGUAAUGUUGAGAAAGCUCCAUAUUUCUUCUCUAGUUGUGAAUGUUUCUUGCUUGCUCAUUUGGAAAGCAGUUUUUUUGAUCCUGCAAAAUUAAGAACGCUAAGACCAAGUUUCAAGCAGAACGAGGGCUCUGUUACUGCUGGCAAUGCUUCAAUCAUAAGUUAUGGUGCAGCUGCAUUAGUCCUAGUGAGUGGAGAGAAGGCACUUCAACUUGGAUUGCAAGUAAUUGCAAAGAUUAAGGGCUAUGCUGAUGCAGCUCAGGCACCUGAAUUCUUUACAACUGCUCCAGCCCUUGUGAUACCAAAAGCUAUUUCAAAUGCUGGUUUAGAUGCUUCUCAGAUUGAUUACUAUGAAAUAAAUGAAGCGUUUUCUGUUGUAGCUCUAGCCAAUCAAAAGCUGCUUGGUCUUAAUCCUGAAAGCCUUAACGUACAUGGUGGGGCUGUAUCAUUGGAACACCCAUUAGGAUGCAGUGGAGCUCGUAUCUUGGUCACAUUGUUAGGGGUAUUGAGACAUAAAAAGGGAAAGUACGGGGUUGGUGCCAUAUAA